AAAAUAAAAAAUGCAUUAUUUGCUGCAAUCAUUCUCAUGUUUCUCCUAUGAGUUUUGACUCAACAGAUACGAACCGAACCUCUUUCACGUGACACUCACAUCCUUUUCUCAUUCUUCUUCUAAAUUAAAUGGAAAAUCGCAUCUACGCUUCCUACAGCCCUACAAACUACACUGUAUCCGGAGCCCCAUCCACUUCCCCGACCCGAUUUUACAACCCGGAUACAAUGUUCCUCGCUCACUAUCGUCGCACCGCCGAAGCAGCCGCCGCUGCCGCCGCCAUCGACAUUGCUCCGCCUGGUGUUUCUUCAACUGCUAACUUCUUAUGUCAUACUAACCCUUGGGCGUCCGCUUUCACCGCCGCGAAUGUUGCCUCUGCUUCACUUGGUCUUAAACGAUCCUCUGACGCACUCUACCAUCCGACCAUUUUGAGUACAAUUGGGCAAAACGAAGCUUGGUACACUACAAACUCACUGGCCAAGCGCCCUAGAUACGAAACCGGAAGCACUUUGCCUAUUUAUCCUCACAGGCCAGGAGAGAGGGAUUGUGCCCACUAUAUGCUAACAAGAACCUGUAAAUUCGGAGAGAGCUGCAAGUUUGAUCAUCCUAUUUGGGUUCCUGAUGGUGGAAUCCCAGAUUGGAAAGAGGUUCCAAAUAAUGUUCCAAGUGAAACUCUUCCUGAGAGACCUGGAGAGCCAGAUUGUCCAUUCUUUCUCAAAACUCAAAAAUGCAAGUUUGGUUCAAAGUGCAAAUUUAAUCAUCCAAAUGUUCCAUCUGAAAAUGCUGAUGUUUCUGGUUUACCCGAGAGGCCACUAGAGCCCCCUUGUGCGUUCUACUUGAAAACCGGAAAAUGUAAAUAUGGUGUUGCAUGCAAAUUCCAUCACCCCAAGGAUAUCCAGAUUCAGUUCUAUGAUGAAUUGAGCCGUACCGUUGAGCAGACACAAACAAAUUCUUCUGUGUUUGACGGAGCAAUAGGAGAUGCACAACCAACUAAGUCUCUUAUUUCUCCGCUGUUGCAUAAUAGCAAAGGGCUUCCUGUGAGACAGGGGGAAGUGGAUUGUCCAUUCUACAUGAAAACUGGAAGUUGCAAGUUCGGUGCCAGUUGUCGCUACAAUCAUCCCGACAUGAAUGCAAUUAAUCCAGCUAUGUCUGCAUUGGCCCCAUCUGUUUUGGCAUCCUCAGCUGCUGCUAAUCUUAACAUUGGAGUUAUUAAUCCAGCUGCAUCUUUUUAUCAAGCUUUUGAUCCAAGGCUUUCAAAUCCAAUGGCUCAGGUGGGAAUGACAGAGAAUAUCUAUCCUCAGCGCCCUGGAAUGAUUGAAUGUGAUUUCUUUAUGAAAACCGGCAUAUGUAAAUUUGGGGAAAGAUGCAAGUACCAUCAUCCAGUUGACCGUUCAACAUCGUCGCUGUCAAAACUGCAAUCAAAUGUUAAACUCACUCCUGCAGGGUUACCAAGAAGAGAGGAUGUUGAGCUCUGCCCAUAUUAUUUGAAAACUGGCACAUGCAAGUUUGGUGCAACAUGCAAGUUUGACCAUCCACCACCAGGAGAAGUGAUGGAGAAAGCCAAGUCACAAGGAACUUCUACAACCAAUGGAGAAGAAGAAGAGACCAACGUAAACGUGGCUGGUUCUGCCCCGGAACAAUGUUUAGAUCAUGUCUGAAAUUUCACUCUAUUUUCGAGUCUUUUUCACCUUGUUUUAUUUCAAAUCAUGUCUUGAACAGCUCUAGCAGAAGACCUGUUAUAUUUCUUUAAUGGCAAUUUUACCUCUGAUUGAUACCAGUAAUUAUUAAAUGAUGAUUUGACCUAUGAAAA